CGCUCCGGCAGAGCUGCGGCUGUCGCAUCCUGUGAUAACAAACCCGGGCAGAGGGCACGUCUUUGUCUGGGAGCACAUCCAACAACCGGCAGGAGAGCAGCGCGCGGCGAUCAUCGUGGGCUCCGUGGUUUUAUUCUAACCUCGGAGAUUACGGUCUUUGACGCUGAGGCAGCAUCAUCCGGUCACGGUGUUUACAUCGGAACCUUGACCACAGUGGAAGUUAUCUGGGAGACUUGUGGGGACGCGCCGCAGAGCGCGUAACGGGGCUUUCUGUUUGUGCAGCUCGGAGCGGAUGGCUCCGAUAGAGAUCGCGUGUACAGUGUUUUUAAGGUCGAAACUGUUUCCAUCAAAGUUUCAUCUCUUUGUCCCGUCCCGCAGCCUCCUCCACACCGCUCGGCAUGUCCUCAUAGUGCGUAAUUAUUGUUUACCCGAGCCCUUUCCUCUGGCGUCACAGGUAGGCUACCCCAGCCUGUAUCCACACCACCGCUGAUGCCAACACAUCACCUCAUAGCGUAAGGUGACAGUUUCAUUUUCUGAUCCGGGGCUGCAGCCUCUCACACACACACACUCCGCGUCCAUCAUGGAUGAUGUUGGAGGGAUGCAGCUAUGCACCCGGAGCAAGUCGUCCAAAAGGAGCGCACGGGACGUCUUGAAAACAUACCUGGGAGUAUUUGUGAUGCUUCAUCUCGUGCUCCACACGGAAGCCUCCUCGGUGUCCAAGUCCUGCGAUAAGAGCUGCUUUUCAGGGAAGUGCAUGAACGGGACCUGCGUGUGUGACCACGGGUGGGUCGGGGAUCAGUGCCAGCACUGCCAGGGAAGAUUCAAGUUAACAGACCUGACAGGCUCCCUCACAGAUGGACCAGUGAACUAUAAGUACAAGACCAAAUGCACUUGGCUAAUAGAAGGAUACCCUAAUGCAGUACUCAGGCUGCGCUUCAAUCACUUUGCCACGGAGUGCAGCUGGGACCACAUGUACGUCUAUGAUGGAGACUCCAUUUAUGCUCCUUUGAUUGCUGUCUUCAGUGGUCUGGUAGUGCCAGAGACCAGAGGUAAUGAGACGGUCCCAGAGGUGGUGACGACGUCCGGAUACGCCCUGCUUCACUUCUUCAGCGAUGCUGCGUACAACCUGACCGGCUUCAGCAUCGCCUACUCAAUAAACUCUUGUCCCAACAACUGUUCGGGCCACGGCAGAUGCAGCACGACGAACUCCGUCUCGGGUCGGGUCUACUGCGAGUGUGAGGAGUACUGGAAAGGAGACGCCUGCGACAUCCCAUACUGCAGGGAUAACUGUGGCAGCCCGGGCCACGGCUACUGUGACCUGACCGGAGAGAAGCUCUGCGUCUGCAACGACAGCUGGCAAGGUCCAGACUGCUCUCUGUCCGUCCCCUCCACUGAGGCCUUCUGGGUGCUGCCGAGCGUCAAACCGUCGGCUCAGUCUCUGGGUCGGGCAUCCCAUCAGGCUCUGGUGCACUCUGGGCUGAUGUGGGUGGUGGGAGGUUACUCCUUCAACUACUCCAACUACCACAUGGUCCUCAACUACAACCUAGAGAGCAGUACGUGGGAUGUGGUGCCCGUCAGCAGCGGUCCUCUCUACAGAUACGGUCACUCUCUGGCUCUGUACCAGGACGACCUCUACAUGUUUGGCGGGAAGCUGGAGGCAAAAUCCGUGAACGUGACUGACGAGCUGUGGGUGUUCAACAUCCCCAGGCGCACCUGGUCGCCACGCAAACCAGCCCUGCCUCCUCCCUACGCCCUGGAGGGGCACACCGCUCACGUGGUGGAGCUGGCCGACGGCGAGCCGGUGAUGCUGAUCUUCUUUGGCUACUCGCCAAUCUACAGCUACAUCAACAAAGUCCAGGAGUACAACAUCAGGACGAACUUGUGGCAGGUCGUGUCUGCUGAGGGAGCCGUGGUCCAGGGAGGUUACGGCCACAGCAGCGUGUAUGACGAGGCCAGCGGCUGCGUGUUCGUCCACGGUGGAUACAAGGCGCUGAGCAACAACAAAUACGGCCUGGUGGACCACAUGUACCGAUACCACGUCCACACAAGAACAUGGUUGAUCCUCGGGGAGAGCGGCAUAGCGCGGUACCUCCACUCUGCGGUGCUCCUGAGCGGCACAGUGCUGGUGUUUGGGGGUAACACUCACAAUGACACAUCGCUAAGCAACGGGGCCAAGUGCUUCUCUGCUGACUUCCUGGCGUAUGAUAUCGCAUGUGACGAGUGGACUGUCCUCCCCAGACCAGGGCUGCACCGGGACACCAACCGCUUCGGACAUUCUGCCGUAGUUAGCAACGGCUCCAUGUACAUCUUUGGAGGUUUUUCGGGCCUCCUUCUGAACGACGUGUUGGCCUACACCCCUCCGUCCUGCCAGGCCUUUUCUACCCCAGCUUCCUGUGCUGCUGCUGGACCAGGCGUUCGCUGCCAUUGGGUCAAAAGUGGAUGUGUCCCCUGGGAGCCGAAAGCAGCCGAGAACAUUUUUCCUGCUCCUUUUUGCCCUGCACGACCUGACAGUACAGACGAGCAGUGUUUCCGGUUCUCAGACUGUGCGAGCUGCACCGCCAACACACGGGGCUGCCAGUGGUGCGAGGACAGGAAGUGUAUAUCUGCAUCCAGUAACUGCACUGUGCUGACUCUGGAGCUGGCCCAGCAGCAUGGCGGCGCUCUGUCUCUGUCUCGCCCACCGACCAUGUUGUCUGAACAUCAGCUGAGCUUGUGGAAGCAUGGAGCCAGAAGGAGGGGACAUUCGGUGAGAGACUCGUCCAGCUGUAAGCGCCGGGAGGAGCAGGAGUGUUUCAGACUGGCCAACUGCAGGAGCUGCUCCCUCAAUGCCAACUGUCAGUGGGAGCUGCAGCAGCAGGAGUGUCAAGCACUUCCUGGCCAGCUGUGCGGGGAGGGCUGGCACCAUGUCGGGGAGGCCUGCCUGAGGAUCAACUCCAGCAGUGAGAGCUAUGAUAACGCUCAGCACUACUGCAAAAACCUGGGAGGAAAUAUUGCUUCUUUGCUCACAGACAAACAAGUCAAUUUUGUUCUGGAAGAGCUACAGAAAUACCAGCUGCAAGACAAGACGUUAUCUCCCUGGGUCGGCCUGAGGAAGAUCAACGUGUCGUACUGGGGCUGGGAGGACGCGUCACCCUUCACCAACACCAGCCUGCGAUGGUUACCUGGAGAGCCCAGCGACUCAGGCUUCUGUGCCUACCUGGAGCGGACGCAGGUGGCCGGUCUGAAAGCCAACCCGUGCACGGCCACCACCGACGGCCUGAUCUGUGAAAAACCUGCUGGGAGUCCACAGAGUCAGAGUGCUCGUCCCUGCAGGACGCCCUGCUCUCUGCGCACCAGCUGUGCCAACUGCACCAGCCAGGCCAUGGAGUGCAUGUGGUGCAGCAGCACCCAGCGCUGCGUCGACUCCUCGGCCUAUGUCAUCUCCUUCCCCUACGGACAGUGUCUGGAGUGGCAGACACAGGACUGUGCAGCCCAGAACUGUUCAGGUCUGAGGACAUGUGCCGAGUGUUUGGAGAGGACGGAGUGCGGUUGGUGUGGUGAUCCCAGUAACACCGGCAGGGGGGUUUGCAUGGAGGGGUCCUAUCGAGGCCCUCUGAAGCCUGCUGGCACCAGGGCUGGGCCCCGAGACCGAGACAGACUACGAGACAGGGACAUGGUGCUGGAUCAGGGUCUCUGUUUAUCUGACAGAGGAUACAACUGGGCCUUCAUCGAAUGUCCUGCGUGUCAGUGUAAUGGCCACAGCAGGUGUGUGAAUGGCAGCGUGUGCGAGCACUGUGGAAACCUGACAGCAGGGUUGCACUGCCAGAGCUGCAUGCCUGGUUACUAUGGCGACCCGACCAACGGAGGGAAGUGCAACGCGUGCAAGUGUAACAGCCACGCCAACGUGUGCCACGUCAACACAGGGAAGUGCUUCUGUACCACUAAGGGCAUCAAGGGAGACCAGUGUCAGCUAUGUGACUCAGAGAACCGUUACCUUGGCAACCCUCUCAGAGGAACAUGUUAUUACAACCUGUUGAUCGAUUACCAGUUUACCUUCAGUUUGCUUCAGGAAGACGACCGCCACUACACCAGCAUCAACUUCAUGGCCACACCUGAACAGGCCAACAAGAACCUCGACAUGUCCAUCAAUGCCUCGAACAACUUCAACCUCAACAUCACAUGGUCUCUGAGCUCAACAGCCGGCACCAUCUCAGGUGAGGAGAUGCCCAUCAUAGCGAGGACCAACAUCAAGGAGCACCGGGACAGUUUCUCAUGUGAAAAGUUCAACUUCAGACUUCACCACAACAUCACCUUUUACGUCUACGUGUCCAACUUCAGCUGGCCGAUCAAGAUCCAGAUUGCCUUCUCUCAGCAUAACAGCAUCAUGGACCUGGUGCAGUUCUUCGUCACCUUCUUCAGCUGUUUCCUGUCUCUGCUGCUGGUUGCCGCCGUGGUUUGGAAAGUCAAACAGACCUGCUGGGCGUCACGACGCAGAGAGCAGCUGAUGAGAGAGCGACAGCAGAUGGCCAGUCGUCCCUUUGCUUCGGUUGCUGUGGCGCUGGAGGUGGGCGGCGACCAAGAGGAGCUGCUACAGGCAGUGCCGAAGCCCAUAGCCAUGGAGCCAUGUUGGGGGAGCCGAGCAGGUGUUCUGACGGUGCUGAUGUAUCUGCCCAGAGUCCCGUCUGGAAUCCCUCCACCAGGACAGUCUGGUAUUGCUAUAGCCAGCGCUCUGGUAGACACUUCACAACAGCGAGUGAUGGACUUCAAAGAAAGAGGCCUGGGUCUGAAGCACCGCAAGCACAUUGUGCACCAUCAAGGGACCUGUGUAUGAACUGGAUUACCUCAGCAAGGUAACAAGAUAGCCAUCGUGCCCCCAAGGGAUUUCCCUGGAGAUAAUUCUCAUGGACUUAAGACAAAGGGACACCUUGUAAACAAAGGCAAAGCCUGCAAAAACUGGGGGUAUGAUGGUCGUAGAUAGUGGCUUGGGAGAGGAAAUGUGUCCACUGUCUUAUCAGCAGGCACCCAAAUUGCGAAAAAUGGCACUUGUGAUCCCUUUCUCCCCUGGAUAAGAUGGAAAACUUCUCUCUUUGUGUAUAUGUCGGUCCUGACGACCCAGGAAAACAAGACCUGGAAACCUGCAGAUUGACAGUGAAAAUGUGUUUCUCCACCACAGCUCUGGUCGGGCAUUUACUUUGAGUGCUGGCAGGCUUUUUCCACUUCCAUGCCAUGUGGCUCUGCAUCUCCAGGGCUCCACUUGUCUGUCAUGCAGUCUGCCAUAUUGACAGAGAAAAAACACUUGUUUUACACCAUUAAACCACACUAAAUGGCUUUGAGCUCCUGUGAAAGAUAUUGAGCUGAAACUAACUGAGCUGAAAUGAAGUCCUCCUGACUUACAAACCCACUCAGACUCGAGAGCAAUGCUGGACAGAACAACACGGACCUAACUAGAUCAAUGCAAAACACUGUAGCGGGUGGUCAUCUGUGACAAGGAUUUGCUUGAGGAGAACAUCUCCUCUGGGAAUUUUUAAGACUACUACUGUUGAUGUUGAAGAAAGAAGAUUAUUGGAUGUAACUGUUGAGAUUUCGUCCUCUAUGAAACACAUGUAAUUCUUGAUUUUUCCCUGCACCAACAUUUGAAAUUAUUCAUUUUGAUAUCUGCUCAGGUCCUCUGUAAUGGAAAAGGGUCCAUUAUGUGUAGCUUUGGGCCUUAUACACAUCUGUAUAUGCACUACAAGUAAAAUGCUUUACCAGUACAUUAGGACCCUCUGUGGGAUAAUAUUAUGCAACUGAUCAUCCAAAUGUAAUGUUUAUUCUGGGCUGUAAUGUAACCUCGAGGUCGGUAUCAUCAAACACAUACUACUGAUGGUAUACACAUGCCUAUUAAUUCAGUUAUAACUGUGAAGAUACACUAUACAUCUUUUCUCAUGACCUCAGUAAAGUCCAUGCCUGUUUACUUGUGACACAAACUUUUAUGUAACAUAUCUCCUUAUGUAAUAUUUAUUAAUUAUGCAAAUUACAGUCAAUAAUUUUACAAAUGCACUAAGAUUGUUUUUGUUAAACAGAAAAACUAAACGAUAGAUUUUACAAAGCAAGUCUGUGCAGUAUUCCCUUUUUUUGCUUGUACCCUUGAUGUCUUUUAAUUUUCCAAAUAUUACUUAUGUUAUGCAUAUCAUGGCAAGUUUUCUCUGAUGUCAAAGUUUUUCCCUUUACGACUUGUGUUGAAACCUUCAUCAAAUAUUGUAAAGUCACUUUUUAUCAACUACACGUGAACAGAGUUACACCACCACUUAAUCGUUCGGAGUCUCCUGCUGCAGUAAUACAAUACAACACAUUCUCACUCCGACCUCGUCACAUAUUGACGUUUGGACUCUCCUCGUCUAUAUAUGACGUCCAAGCUACCCUGGGUGUGUUGGUUGUUGACGUUCUGGGACGCCGUGUCAACUUCAGCCUGUUACAUGCAUUGUCUUCUCUCAAAAUACACUUCCGUUUGCGUACAGGGUUCGGCUUUACAAUCCUACAGGAAGUGAACCACCCACCCUACAUGGACUUCUGCUGCCUUAACUUUCAUUGUUGUACCGCCAUGUUUCCCCCUGACGCCGCCGAGUGGCAUUAAACUAUAACGGCAACCAGCUGCAUAUCAUGCUGGAUUUCGACGACUUUGGAGCAAGACCAAAUUGUACAAUACCAUUCGGCGUACAUGGAGAACAAAAUGUUGUACAAUAACAAGACAAGGAUAACAAUUGAAAGGACAGAAAGAGAAAACGACAUCUUCUGAGCAACAGCUGCAUUAGAAGAGAAGAAAUCACCAGUCAUAGGUAAAGGAAACUUGAGGCUUAGCUUAGCAUCAAAAUGUGUUAAUAGACAACAUGUUGCUUUAGCAGGUAUUCUCCAGUCUUUGCAACAGAAAUAGAAGAUGGAUUUGGAUCAGGGAAUAAUAGCUGAACAUACUAUGGCAACCCAGUCACUCUGAAGUCAUCAAAGUCUGGCAGUUGGGCAGUGACUCUCGGCAUUAGACACGGAUGCAAAAAGUCGUCUUUUAACACUAGCAUGAUACUGGUUUGGUCGCUGAUGUAGUUCGAUGGCAGCCAGUGGCAUCAGGGUGAAACCCGGCAUGACAAGUGUUAAGGUGGCGACAGUUUGAGCAGUCAGCAAAUGCUAACUUUUACCCGGGAGAGCAGUGUUCACGUUCCUCAAGAUUAUAAAGUGAAACCUUGUUCUUUUUUCUUAAACCCAACCAUGUGCUUUUGUUGUCGAAGGUAAAAUUACAUCAAAUUGUUGCGUUGUACCUACCGUUGUACCUUUAUUUUGAAAGAGACUGUAUGGAAAUGGUAAAAGUCCUGUGAAAACAGAAGUGUAUUUUGAAAGAAGACAAUGCAUGUCCCAGAACGUCAACAACCAACACACCCAAGGUACCUUGGAUGUCCUAUGUGUACGUGGAAAGUCCAUGACAAAACGUUGAUAUGUGACGAGGUCGGAGUGAGAAUGUGUUGACUAUGGACGGACAAAUCACAGUUUAAACCCAUUCAAUCUAUCAACUGAGUAGACUGCAGAGGGCCGAAUGUAAAAUGGACUAACUCAGUAUUUAGAGCGAUUGAGGGUUGCUUAUGCUUUUCUGGACUGGAAACCAAAUUCAAAAUCCAAGGACCAAUAGUAUUCUCCCUGCCAUUAAACUGUAGGAACAAAACUAUUUCAAAUGUCAACCACAUCAUCAGAAAAUUGUGGCACUGUACGUUUCUGCAAACCACAGAUACAUUGCAUUUGCACAUUAUGUAGCAGAUGCAUUGAAAUUCUACAUUUCAACAACACUGUGGUUAAAACGUGGUUAGGUUUAGGGACAAAACCCACUUGGAAAAGAUGUUUUGGCUUCAAAUUCCUGGUUCUAGUGGCAUAGUCCUGUCAACAAAAGCAGCAACAUCUUAAAAACAACUUUUUUUUUGUUCCUGAAAAGCGUCCGAAACACAGCAAAGACUUGUUAAAUCACAACCAGUUUUGUUUGUUGGUCUUGAACAGUAGUCUGCAGCUUGGCAGGCAUUUCCCCUAAGUGACACGCCAUCCAAACUUCACUUUGGAAACGUUGGCAUGACAAGUAUAAAAUCUGCAAAUGUAAAGUGUUUGUGGUUUGCAGGAACAUAAAAUGCCAACAUUUUAUUCUGAUGACUAGGCUGCAAAUGUAAGUAAUACAUUUGGUAUUUGAGUGAAUCUGUUUUUAUCUCUGUUAAAAUAUUUGUUAUUGAAGGAGAGAAGAAAACAGCAAUAUAACCACUGAUUCCAAACGCCUGAGCGGUGGUGUAGGUCUUCAUGCACAUGUACUGUCCAUGUAUUGAGCCUGAUUGUUUUCAGGCGUUUUGUCUUCAUGUAAUUUUGCACCAGUUUGUUGUUGAGACUUGUAUUAACAAAGGGCAGCUCACCACUGUUUUCGUCCAUAUGAGCAUAAAUCUGUA